AUGCCGCGUCGUCGAAAAGCGGAGCUCGUGGAGGGGGCGCUGGACAUUCUGUACCUGAACCACGUCGGCAACUCCCUGGUGGGCAGCAUGGGGAGGAUGGGCAUCAGUGGAGGCCAGAGGAAGCGCGUGAACAUCGGCAUGGAGCUGGUGGCCAACCCUUCGGUGUUGUUUCUGGACGAGCCCACUUCUGGACUGGACGCCACCUCUUCCAUCGACGUUCUCAGCGGCCUGGGCGCUAUGGGCGACCUCGGAAUGACGAUCAUAACCGUCAUCCACCAACCGAGGCCCGCCAUCUUCCUGUCAUUCGACCAGGUCCUGCUGCUGGGCACCGGCGGCAAGACAGUGUACCUGGGUCCCCCCCACACGGUGCAGGAGUACCUGGAGCACCAGGGCUUCGCGUGCCCGGAAUUCGAAAAUCCAGCCGACUUCUGCCUGGACGUCAUAUCCGGAAAGUGCUGCCGGCGCAACGACCCCUGCUUCGUGCCCACGCUCCUGUCCGAGCUGUGGAAAGCGGACGGGCGAAAAUGGGUGCAGGGCAGGCUACGCGGCAGCAGCUUCGCCAGGGCGCGCUCAAAGAGCGAGGUCCUCACGCCGGAGGUGCUGGGCUACAUGUUCAAGAAGUUCGACGAGAUCGACGCCGACGGCAACGGCAAGCUGUCCGUGGAGGAGAUACACAGGCUGUUCACGGAGCGGAUGGGCGUGGAGUGCACGAUGGACGUGGUUGAGGUGCUGGUGGCGGGGCUGGACCGGGACGAAGAUGGCCAGGUGAACAGGGACGAACUCAUCGCAGCCGUCAACGAGGCCGCCAGCGCCAGGCUCAGCUGUGAGACAGAGUCCCCCAGCGGCGACAAGCGGGCGGAAACAGGGGCGGAAACGAACCCUGACAAUCCUUCCAGCGACAGCAUCAAGGUGUACAAGGUUGGCGACAAGACGGAACCCUCUGGUGCGCAGCUCGUCGCUGGCAUGCGGAGCGGGGAGGCGGGCCCAACGCACAGGGGCGGGGUCCCCCCGUCCAAGCUCAGCCGGGGCUCCACGUCCCCCGUGGAGGCGAUUGGGGGCCCGGGGGACCGCUCCCCGCCGGACGUGGCCGUGGAGCUCCGGCGGGCGUAUCCCGACGACCGGCCGGCGUCCGUGACCGCCCGGCUGCGCACAGGCGUGGGGGACCUCAUACACAAGUCUGCGCGCAGCAUGACGGAGUUCGCGUACCGGGUAGCCCUCCGCGGCGGCGAAGCUGAGCAGCUGGAGGCCUUCCUGGGCAGCCGGCAGAGCCCCACGCCGGCGCGGCAAUUCGCCACUCUCGUGCACAGGUCGUUCGUUCAGAGGGCUCGCACGCUUACCACUACCCUUACUUUGGAUACGCUGUUCAGCGUGCUUGGGGCCGUGGUUGUGGGCACGCUGCACGGCAACGGCUGGCAGGGCUGGCCUAAAGUGCGCUACAUUCCCAAGUUCGCGGCGUUCGCCAUGGUGGUGCUGGGCCUGCUGUCCACCGUUUCCCACCUGCGUACCUUCUCCUCGCGCAAGGCGCUCUUCCGGCGGGAGGCGCUCAGCGGCCUGAGCCCCACGGCCUACUUCCUGGCCUGGAACCUGGUGGACCUAUCCUGCAUGGUGGUAAUGCCAGCGGCGUUCAUUGCGCCGUACUACUACCUCACCCUGCCCACCAUGUCCUUCGCUGCCUACUACUGCAUCGGCCUGGCGGUGUGCAUGUGGGCCUCCGGCGUAGCGUACAUGGUCUCCGCCUUCCUGCCGCGCCAGUCAGUCCUGGUGGCCGGCGUAUUCGUCACGCUCAUCUUCGGCGCCUUCGUCACCGGCCUGGACCCGCCCAUUUCCAGCUUCAGGGGCACUGCGGUGGAGUACCUGCUGAGCGUGAGCUACAACCGCUGGGCCAUCGAGGCGCUCACCAUAUCGGAGUGGAAGGGCUACGGCUGGCACCUUCAGAACGUGAUCACCGCAAUGUCUGCCGCCAUCGGCAUCUGCAAGGUGGACGUGGCCAUAGCGUCCGUGGACGGCCAGGAUCUGGACGUCAUCAAGCUGAGGGACUUCGACAUCGCCAAGUCGUGCAACGGGGCCGUGACGACGGCCUUCACGGCCCUCAUACUGGAGGGGCUCAUCUUCAGGGUGAUCGCCCUCAUCGGCCUGAGGAGGCUGAGGAAGUCUCGGAGGUAG